UCGCGUGCAGUUCACCAUCGCCGCCGCCGCUACGACCCCAUAAUGCGUAUAUGUGCGUUGCGCGUGUGUUUAUCGUACCUAUAUUGUUUUAAGGGUCACCCAAGUCGUCUAGGCGAGAUAUAAUUAUUAUACAUCCGUCAUAAACCGAAAUACAUUUUACAAUAUUGCUGAAUUGUUACGCUUACAUCGUGCGUCGUUGUGCUGCUUCGGAAAGACUUUCGUCGUCUUUUGUGCGCCCAAAAUAUAUACUUUGGCCAACAACCGCGGUCAUGCAACUCCUCCUGCGCGCGAUGUCGUGGCUGCGACGAUGACAACGACCGACCGCAUAGGUACGCCAGCAGCUACCACAGGACCAUCGUCGUUGUGAAUUAUUAUCUUAACUAGGUAGAUUAAACCCUACCUAGUACACCUAUGAUAUAAUAAUAUAAUCACGGCAGGUACCUAUACCUACAUCUUAUUAUCACCUGUACGCGUGGAUGGUCGUCACGAGGUAUACUUCCUAAAUAAAUAAUACCCACGCUGAAUAUUAUGAUCACGGUCCUGCGGCGGUAAUAAAUUGCAGUCGUCUUCGGCAGAGUUCGAGUGUUGACCGGUUUCCGAAUAAUUAGAUAACAUGCGGUUAGCAAUAAGUCUGUCAGUCGUGUUGAUAGCGUGCAUGGUACGUGUGACGUAUAAUUUGGAAUGCGAACAAAAUCAAAAUGGACAGUCCAUGAGCUUCUUUAAGACAAACGGUGAUCUUCUGUUAACUGGUUUCUUUGACGUCUACGACGAGAAAUGUUCGGGCCCCACGUCAACUGGUAUCCAUUCAAUGGAAAUGGUAGCCACCGUUGUACAAAUACUAAAUUCGAUUCAUUACAUCCCAGGCAUCACAUUAGGUUUAACUUUGUACGAAGUGUGUUCGUAUCGAAGUUCAGAUCUCCAAAAAGCAUUGAUAUCGUUCGUCGUCGACAAAGAUUGCAAUAACUCGACAAUACCGAUUGCCAUAUACACUACCGAAGACAUAAGAGCCAAAAUCAGUCCGUCGAUUGGUCUGGACAUACCCAUCGUGACGGCAGGACCUAUUAUUGACGUGGACAUCCAUGCCGAAGCAGCCGUCAAGUUUUUAACCGUAAACAAUAUUAGCGUCGCGGACGUAUUAAUUGCGCAGGAUCUGGACGUCGCUCAGAGGUUCGAAAGUGUGGCCAAAGACAACGGAUUGUGUUUGAACAGGACGGUCUUGGCUCAUGACUUUGGAAAUUUGAACGACUCCCUAGUGGUCAUCGUCAUGACGAACAAGAAUGUCAUUAAAUCAAUAAUAGAAUCGUCAUUGACCGUCCGUGUGUCUCAUUUCAUUAUAAUACCCCUGGACGGACCGUUACCGCCUAAAUCAGACUUCGUGUUCGGCUCAUACGUGUUUCAAGCGUACGGCAGCUGCCCGUUCGUCAACAGCAACAACAGCAACAACAACAACAACAGCGGUGACGUCACCGCGGCACCGGAACAGCUGCAGGCGGUGUCCGCGCAGUUCGUGCAGACGGCCGUGGACGUGCUGCGCGCGGUGGACGCGUACACCGGGAACGUGGACGACGGCGGCGUGGACGAAGAGUGCGGCCGGAACUCGUCCGCAGGACAGUGCGUCCCGACGGCGGAAAACCAGACGGCCGCGGGUAGUUACGACGUCGAGACGGUGGGUCGAGUGCUGGACAGGCUGCUGUUGCUGGACGGUAGCGGCGGCGAGUAUAACGUUACGUUGGUGCACGUGACCGAAUACGGCGGUGGCGGUCAGACGGUCGGUGGUUACGCACAGGACUCGAACGGCACGCGCCGGUUGUGGUUGCAGAAGGACGACAGCGGCGGCAGUGGUCAGCAACCGCGGUACUUGAGCAAGUGCGAGGCGGACGGAUCGUGUCCGACGUGCCGGUCGCGGCCCACGCCGACGGCCACGCCCGCCGCUCCGUCGUACGGAUUGCUUUCGGUGACGUGGAAGGAGGACGUGUGGAUAGCGUCCACGCUGACCGUGUCGGCGGUGGGCGCCAUAUGCGCCGCGUGCAUAGCGACGUUCGUGCUGGUGCGCGUGUGCAAGAAGGACGUGAUGGAGGGCAACCCGACGUUUUCUUUCGUGCUGGUGGCCGGCACGCUGCUCAUGUACGCCAGCGCCGUGCCGUUCGCGGUGCACGACAGCGCCGCCGGUUGGCCGCGGCAAACCGUGUGCUACGCCAAGCUGUUCGGCGCGUCGGGCAGCUGCGCGUUCGUGUUCUCCGCCAUGCUGGCCCGGAGCCUGAUGAUCGCCGCGUGCGACUGCGACUCGAGCUUCAUGAGCCACGUCAACGGCUACCUGCAGACGUCCCUGUUCGCGUUCACCGUGGGCGUGCAGCUGGCGCUCAUGCUUCAGUUCGUGGCCAUACACGCCGCCGUCGUGCCGUCGUCCGACCUGUGCCGGGUGUUCGUCGACGGUCCCCUGUUCCUGGGCACCAUGUCCUACGACGCGCUGCUGCUGGUGCUCCUGUGCGUCACGUCCCCGUUCGUGUUCCGGUCGAAGCGCAACUACCGGGAGGGCGCGUGCUUCGCCAUCGCCACUUACCUGGUGUUCGCCGUCUGGCUGUGUUGGACCACGGCGUACGUCGUCCUGCCCAGGCAGUGGUCCGACAUGUGCGUAAUGGUUGGCCUGACGGCCACCGCGACCGUGAUCGUGGUCACCGUGUUCAUACCACGCACGUACAUGAUGAUGUUCGGUAUCGUCCGUGAACAGAUCACCAGCUCGCUGCCGUCGCUUGGCUACGGUCACGGCGGUGGUGGCUGCGGCGGCGCCAGCGUCACGGACGUCAACUACAGGUCCACGCAGGCCCUGUACGAUUCUGUCCACGUGGCCGCCCCCAAGUGCCAGUCGUCCAGUUUCAAAGGCCAAUCCAACCCGAACUACUACUCGCCGGCGGGGUCGCAUAUACAUUCCAUCCCCAGGAGCCGACCACUGACUCCGGUCGACGAGUACGACUCACCCCCAUCGAUCGACAACAGGAUAACCAGAUUCUAAUAUCCAGUUGUAGCUGCGCCCCUCGUCAGCUGGUUGACCGGUGACGACGUUUGUCCGACUAUAAAUAUUAUUGAUCCCGAUGUAGGUCUAAAAGCAUUACACCGUCACCCACCGACCACGACGAUGAACGAUAAUAUUACCUACAUAUUAAUAAUUCAUUAUUUUGUCGUAUCCCCUUGUUCGUUUUUUAAUUUUUUAUUAGCAAGCCGCAUCGACCAUAUUAUUAUUAUACCCUAGGUAAUAGUAUAACUAUUACUACUAUUACUAAUAUAACUAUACUAUUGCCAAUAUAUAAGGGGUGGAGCCCGGAAUUUCAAAUUAUUUAUGCACUCAAUACAUUAUUGCUCCCUUCACUCAAGUCGUCUUGUACUUGUACGUAUCUUAGUUUAUGUUUAUUACUUAGGUAUUGUAUUAAUUGGAUAUAGAUUGUAAAUAUUCGCAGUAAAAAAAAAAAAAAUCAAACUUUGAUCAAAAAUGGAUAUUAUUUAAUUUCAUGUUUAUGAAACGAUGCAAUUCAUGCAAUUAUCUAUUAAUAAAUAUACAACUUAUAUACAAUUAUGAAGAAAAACAAUGAACCAAUAGGAUCUACGCGACUAAAUGCAUUACAAAACGCUAAAAUAAUUAAUUGGAACUAUAUAAUUCUAAGUCAAGUGUAUAAGAUUAUGCAUUUACAUAAUAUACAAAUCCGGGACCUACUAGCUACUAUAAUUAUAAUAUAGUGCUAUAACGUACCAUCAUUAAUUUGUCAAGAUAUUUUCUGCUUUUAAAAUGUACACCAUAUAAUUAUUAGGUAUAUAGUUUAUAAGUAUCUACUAAUUAAAUAAUUUUCUCAUUGACUUGGUAUAGUUACUAUAGUUCCCUGCCCUAAUUGUCGUUUUAAUAUGACUCCUGCCAGAUAAUCAAUGAUGCAUUGUAUAGCUCGUAUGCAUACCCUAAUAUGUGCAAUUGAUUAGCUGGUUAAUAUAGACAAUUUGUAAUUAUUUAAAAA